AUGUCGGCGCAGAACGCGAGGGCAGCCGUGACGGAGAUGGUGGUCGUGGACAGACUCGCGCCUCGGCCUCCGCGCGAGAAUACGACCGCGUACCUCCGCUCACACAAAUUCGCCAGCUCGGUUCCAACGCUCACCACGCCUUAUCCAGAAGCCGCACGCGCCACCCACACCCUCCAAUAUAGUCAAGGGCCGACUUCUCCGGAGACCAUAAGCAACGAGUACGCCUCGGACAGCCUGACCUAG